AUGGUCGUGGCGCCAAUGAAGAGGCAGUUAAGACGACGGAUGAGUGCAAGAAAGCACACAAACCUUCGGGUUGACCGCCACAGACGCCGUCGAGGGCCCUUUCAGGCCCGCCUGACGUGGGAGCCGCGCUCCGAUUCCAGGUCGACCACAUCUGUUUGCUGUUGGACAGGCUCUCCGUACCGGAUCGAUUGCAUUGGGGACCUCAAAAUAAGCGGGAAACUCUAUUCUCCAUCAUCGGCUGGAAUGCCCGACCCCAGAAAUACAAAGAUCAAUACCUCCACCGCGAAGACCAACGCGCCUUUGAAACAACCCCCCUACCAUGGCUUUAUCGCCUCUACGCAUGACGCCCUGGUGGUCAUCGGCGCGGCGCGGCGCGGCUUUAUUCCUUUCGUCCCACGGAGACUAUCUCCCGACGAGCGUACCUCACUCAUUGCGAGUGGCGCAGUAUUUGUGUUUCAGGAACCGGAAAGCGGGAUCAAAAGGUGGACGGAUGGCUAUGUUUGGAGUGCGUCGAGAAUGUUGGGAAACUUCAUGCUCUAUCGGGAGCGCGAGCGCGAGCCGGGCAGGCAGGAAAACAGAGGGAAGAGGAAGAGGCCUUGGGGGCCGGAGGGCGAUGAGCUGGAGGACGACGAGGAUGCAGAAGCGGAUGAAGAUGAGAAGACCAUAACCCAGGCAGAUAUGUUCGUACCCACUCAGCCGCCUGUUUCUCGACCCCGUGGCGACAAGCUCAGCCGGCCUAAAAGCCUCUUGGGCUCAACACGAGGAGUCAACCCUGCGCGUGAACGCAAUCUACUCGGCAGUUUGACAAAUUCGAAGAUGUUCAAGGACGAUAGCCUCAUGAAGAAGGUGUGGCGUACAUAUCCUUGUCUGGUCACUAGCUCACGUAUAUUCGAUGAGACCUUUUCGCUCAAGACUGCAUCAGGAACGACUAUUCACUUGAUCGCGUACUAUCGGCCGUCAGACGUCGAGGCCGGUAGAUUGCGCGCACCGUCUUCGGUUCCCGAACUUGCUGCGUUUACGAUCGACCCGGAACUACUGGAGGCUACCGCCUUCCGAUGUCCACCCAAGAUUGAGCAUACUCUGGAUGGAACUCCUCUGUAUAGGGGAGAAUCAGACCAAGUGAUCGCUUCAUUGUCGAUGGGUGGACCAAUCGGUACCACACCAGGCUCUGAAGUGUUUGGCACUAGGCCGGUGCCCAACAAAGUGCGCCUGACUUCCACGGGAGGCAGGGUGAGAGGCGUGGCGAUUGCUGGAACCCGAAAGAGUCAUGUUUCCGAUGAGACCGAUAAACGGUUCACUCAAAAGAAGCCAGCGGCGUUGCAGUAUGGGUCUGAAGUUAUGCCUCCACCGUCCGUGCGAGCUCAAUACCCGGCCGGACCCCCCAGCGCACCCCAUCCCGUUGUCUCAACAGGUGAAAGUUCACUGUCCGCCGCGAUGGGCACCCCGCCAUGGCCGCCACCGAACACUUCUUCACACUACUAUGCGCCUCCUGUGCAUCCGACGACGGCAAACAUGCCACACAGCGCAACCUCGAUGGCACCCAUGACUCGAGGUCCUCCCCCUCCUGCCUUGGCUGCAGCCGCUGCUCAAUAUGCCGUUGCGACGUCUGCUCUCCAUCGGCCACCGAUUCCGAGUGGUGACUUCCCAACGAGAGGAAGCACCGAUUUCCCGGCCCCGGACUCAAACCCUCAUCUCAUGAACUGGUACUAGGGUCUUCUUUCAUUCGUUUUCUAUCUCCAACUGUGCGCUUUGCCCACUCUGCAUGUCAUCCACGUACAUGUCCUCGCUCGCUCGCUCGCUGUUCUUCUCGUCUGUGAAUGCUAUCUCGUCUGUAUCGACCGUAAUUCGCCCUUUGUGUAUCCUGCGGUUCUAUGUGCUCUAACGUAAUCAUCUCACAGCCAAUUCGCGACCUUGCGCACUUCGUGUCAAUGAUGAACCGACAAACAAUCGAA